GUGUGGUUUUCAUCAGCCACUCCUACUUCUUUGCAGAGGCAGCAAGCUCGAGCUGCCUUCUUCACAGGAUAAUCUUCUUCUCUCUCCCUUUCUCUCUUCCCCCUCUCUUUAGCAAGAUGGAGAACGAAGAUAUACGGACUUUGGUGACGUUUAACCGUGGAAAAGAUGUCAUUGAUCUUGCUCAGUACUGGGUAGAAGAGAAUAAAGACAAGCCUGGUGACGUUACCACUUUCCUUCUGUUUCCAGCUGCAAAAGCAGGCCAACCGGACACACUAGAGAAAUUCAUUCGAUAUGGCGAUUUGUCACAAAUCGAGAAAGACGAUAAGAGUCAUUUGGGUUGGAAUAUCUAUCAUUAUGCUGUGUACGGCUAUCAGAUCAACUGUAGCUAUUUAUUAAAUGAAAAGUCCCAAGCUAGCACUGCUAACCUCACUCCUGAUGAAGCUAGACAGAUACAGCUGGACAUUAUUUACUUGCUCCAUCAACACAAAGCUCCAGUGACAGCUGGUCUUGAUAUAGAGCAGGAGGACAUACUCCACCCUCUUCCUCUCCAUCCCUCUCUAAUGGCACUGGGUUUCGAAUGUAGCUUUAGUGAGGCGGCCAUUUUGAUUGACAUGUUAUCCUUAUCCUCAUCAACUGCUGGUAGUAAUGGAGUAGGAUCCCACUCAGCUAGUACUCCAGGUUUGGAUAAUAUAAAGGUCACUUCUAAUAAUGAUCACAGAAGAGCCCUCUAUCAUUUGUUUGAAUGGGCAUACAAUAGGGGUCAUUUGGAUGUACUCACGUUUUGUCACAAUAGAUACCUCAGUCUCUGUAGCGAGUCCCUGAGGAUAAGGUCCAUCAAUUACCCGAUAUUCCUAGCAGCUGUCAGAGAUAAGAGACUUGAAGUACUCGAAAUGGUUUUCUCUAAUCAAGAGACACGCCCACUUCCUGAUCGGAUUCUCUCUCGUCCGUACGUCCUCGGGAAAAAAACCGAGAAUGUUCCCGGAGAGAAUAUGAAUGCCGUAGGUGUAGCUUGUGAGUGUUGUCUCAAUGGCGACCCGUCCGUUUUUGAUGCAAUGCUGAGUCAUCAAGUUAUCGGGAAACAGUUAGUGAAUCUGUCGCUGGCCGAUCUUGGAGUAAAGGAGGUUCCUUUGGAAUUAUUUCAUGAGAACCUCAUAUCCUUGAGUCUGAGUGGGAACAAGCUGGAAGAACUCCCACCAACGAAAGACUGGAAGUGCAUCAAUUUAACGUUCUUGAGUUUAGCUAAUAAUUUAUUUUCGGUCGUGCCCCCCGGAUUAUUCCAGCUACCGAAAUUAACGAAUUUAAAUCUAAGUUCUAAUAAGCUGGUGAAGAUAGGUCCUGAUCUGUGGCGAGCUCCUCUACUGAAGUAUCUGUACGCGUCAUCAAAUCUCCUCCAAUCGCUGCCAUACCCUGAGCUCAAGAACCAGUCUUCUCCUCUUCAUGCCGGAGAUCUUGUCUCCCCAGGCUCCAGCAAGAAAGAGAUCAUACACAGUCUUCGUUACUCUUUCGUCGACUCUGGACUUGAGAGAGAAGAAGAUUUUCAUGUCAGAGGCCAAGGUUUUAAUCUGGAAUUUCUUGAUCUCUCCGAUAACAAGUUGACCGCUGUCCCGCCCGGCUUGCCCUGCCUAGCCCCUCUAUUAAUGACAUUAAAACUCAACAAUAACUCCAUUAAAGAUUUUGGGAAUAUUUCUGAUUACCCGACUCUCCUUAAGUCCCUUAAUCUGUCUGGUAAUGGCGGCGAAGUGGCAAUAGUUCGGUCUCGUUUCUCACCCCACGGUCCAGUCUGUCUCCAGUCCACGCCAGAAAAGACGCUUCAUUGCAAUCAUGCCGACCAUAUUCUCCUCUCAAACUUGCAACACUUGAAUUUAAGUAAGAACCAGCUGAAAGACAUCAUGGUAGAAUCAGAUGCUCCCGUUUCUUUCCCUCACGGUCUCACGCCCACGCACAAUCAGUCCCUCCUCUACCCUAAAGUCCAGUCCCUCAUACUCAGUGAGAAUAAGCUUAAAAGGUUUCCAGUUGGGAUUCAUAAACUCGAAAGACUCGGUACUUUGGACGUGACUGAUAAUAUAACGAUUCAGUCCCUCCCUGAGAAACUCCACUUGCUCAAAAACCUCAUCGGUUUCCGUUACAAAGGAAUAGGAGAUCCCAUUAUUGGAACCCUGGACACUUUUAAAGACACAGCUCAAUUGCUUUACUACCUGAGGGCCAGGGAACUUCAAGCUGUCUCUAAUACUUCUAUGAGGCUCUUUGUGAUUGGUCACGCUAAUAAAGGAAAGUCCACAGUCUUAAAGACACUGAGGGGAGAGAGAAUGACAAAAGAGAACUUAGGAGUCAUGGAGGAGAAAAGAGGAGUUACUGUUGGUAUUGAUGUUGGAAGGUGGACCUGUGUCCAUACCAGGAAGAAGAGUGCUAAACCAAUCAACUUUUAUACAUGGGAUUUUGCAGGACAGGAUGAAUAUUAUGUAACUCACCAGUGUUUCCUCACAAACAGGGCACUGUAUCUACUGGUAUGGAAACUGACUGACAAGGAACAAGGUCUAGAGGGACUACAUGUCUGGCUCAGGAAUAUACAAGUACAUGUCUACUAG